AUGAGCUCGAAGGAGAGACCCACUCUCGGUGGCACGCGGAUUAAGACCCGCAAACGGAAUAUUGCAGCGCCGCUGGACCCUGCAGCUUUCGCGGAUGCAGUGGUCCAGAUUUAUCUGGAUAAUGCUGGUGAUCUGGAACUUAUUGCCAAGUGCAUUGAAUCUUCAGACCUUAACUUCUCAAGAUACGGUGACACCUUCUUUGAGGUUGUUUUCACUGGAGGCCGUACACAACCUGGAACAACAAAACCUGAUGAGGGGGAGCGCCACCCUUACUCUGUACUAGAGAGUGAGGCUACACGUGAAGUCAUCUUACCAUCUGUUAUCUACAUACAAAAAAUUUUGAGGCGGAGGCCAUUUCUGAUAAAGAAUCUCGAGAAUGUUAUGCGACGAUUCCUUCAGUCGUUGGAGCUUUUUGAGGAAAAUGAAAGGAAGAAGUUGGCAAUUUUCACAGCGCUUGCAUUCUCUCAGAAGCUAUCGGGACUUCCACCCGAAACUGUGUUCCAGCCUAUGCUCAAGGAUAAUCUUGUUGGCAAAGGGCUAGUUCUAUCAUUUAUUACUGACUUCUUCAAGGAGUAUCUCAUUGAUAACAGCCUUGAUGAUCUGAUCUCCAUUCUGAAGCGGGGUAAAGUGGAGGACAAUCUUCUGGAGUUCUUCCCAUCCACAAAGCGGUCUGAUGAGAGUUUCUCUGAGCAUUUCACCAAGGAAGGGCUAGUAGCCUUAGUUGAAUACAAUGAAAAGAAAAUUUUCGAGGUGAAGCUUAAGGAAAUGAAAUCAGCAUUAACAACCCAGAUAACAGAAGAAACUGAUAUGUCUGAAGUCAUAGAAACUGUGAAGCAGCGUGUUAAAGAUGCUAAAUUGCCAGACGUUGAGGUUGUGCGGAUUCUGUGGGAUGUCAUUAUGGAUGCAGUGCAGUGGUCUGGUAAGAACCAGCAGCAGAACGCCAAUGCAGCUCUUCGCCAGGUGAAAACAUGGGCAGAACUGUUGAAUACCUUCUGCACCAAUGGGAAGCUGGAGCUGGAACUGAUUUACAAAGUCCAAAUGCAGUGCUAUGAGGAUGCUAAGCUGAUGAAGCUGUUUCCUGAAAUUGUGAGGUCCCUCUAUGACCAGGAUGUGCUUGCAGAAGACACCAUUCUCCAUUGGUUCCGCCGAGGAACAAACCCCAAGGGGAGGCAAACUUUUGUGAAGGCUCUGGAGCCAUUUGUGAACUGGCUGGAGGAGGCAGAAGAGGAGGAAUAG